AUGCUCCUUCCCCUCUUGUCUCCCCUCAUUCCCCAGCUUGUUCGCUGGAGCGAGUGUGAGAUCAACACGGGAGAGACCACGGAGAGGACCAACUUCGCCGCACUUGGCACACUCAAUUCUGCUAGUCGCCUCGAAGCCCUGAGGGUGGGCGUACGCGGCUGCUCAGGCAUCGAUCCCUUAGCUAUGGAGGGCGAGUUCUUCAAUUCGCCUACCUUUAUGCUUAUGCCGACCUCGCGCUCGGAUGCACUUCGCGACGUAUGCAUCACUUGCGCGGUCCGCACGUUUCUCGCGCAUAUUGACGCACCGCGGCUCAUCGAACUCUACCUCGAGCACACGAACGUCGACUUUCCCAUCCAGUACGACCCGUACGCCGGGUCCACCGAGGACGGGGACUCCGACGACGAGGCGAAUGACUUCUCCCAGUCGCCGUGGAGCGAUCACGCUACAGGCAUGGGCCUGCGCGCCCUCAUGCAACGAAGCAAGCCCCAGCUAGAGGUCCUCGAGAUGACCUACGCGGACAUGCGCACGAAGGACUUCCUUUGGUGCUUCGAGCAGCUGAACGCCCUCAGAGAAUUCCGCAUCGUGGCGUCAGACAUGUCCGACACUGUCAUUCAGGCCUUGGCACCCGUCGUGUCUCCUGACCAGCCUCAUGCUCUGGAGCUUUUGGACGUCUUUGGAGAUCGGUUCCGUACCUCAUGA